GGGAUGUUUCAAAAACAUGUAGGAUGGGAAGAUGUUGCAAGUUUUUAUGCAACAGUACCGCUUUGUUGGUCUGUUCUGUUCCGACAAGUUCCAGUAGGACAAGAAAUUGCAAAGAGGAUUGAGACUUCCCCAAUUGUAACGCUAUGUGCUUCCGCAAGCGUUUGAUUUGUACGCAAGACCUAGUUCGUGAAGGUCUUCGUCCAUCCCGACUGAUCAGCUGCAGAUGCCACCGUUUGACUGAUAAGUUGUAGACAUGACUUUGAUUACGAUUUGGUGAGCACAUUAGAGUGAUGUCACAGGAGCGCGAACAGGGUAGGUUGUGGGGACCUACUCUUCAUCACUUGAGAAAGGCUCGUGGCAAUCCAUAUCAAGAAUCAAGGAAUAUCAAUACCAGGAUUCUCGAAGUAUUUGGUGCAUAAAACCUAGAGUCGAAGUCAUACGACAUUCUGACAAACUGAAGAGCCUACGUUAUGGCGGAACCACUUGCAAAGGCCAAAGGUCCGCGCAUCAAAGAGCUACAAAAUAGCUACAAAUCCUCGGUAGAAUCAGUAUCACGACAUAGGAACGAGCUGGAGCUUCCCGGAGGCGCCGAACAUUCCCAACCCCUGUCAAGCCAGACAGCUUGGAUGAAAGGAGGAUCAAUUUUAAAUUCACCGCUUCACCCCACUACACCAAUUUCAAACUCUGUCUUCGUGUCCGAUUUCGAAGGAUCAUCAAGGUCACUAUUGCAGUCUCCUGACAUUAUCACCAACAAAAGACUAAGCUCCAUGGCAACUGAAGGUGGAUACUUCGAUUCCAGCUUCAAUGCAGCUUCUCGCAGAAUUCCAGAGCCCAUCACUCAACCCCCAGAAGAAUCGCACAAGAUUAUCCACGUGAAAAACUCCUCACAAGACCAAGAUGACAAGCCUUCUCCAAAAUUGUAUCUCCAAUUCACCGGUCUCACCUACACGGUAUGCGAAAGGCAAUCCCGAUGGCAGCGGUGUAAGGGUGCUCUGUUUCCAAGCCUUAAAGGUAACAAGCCCAAGCCACUGCACUUACUGAAUGAUAUCUCAGGCGACGCCAGAGAUGGGGAACUUCUGGCCGUGAUGGGACCUAGUGGCUCUGGCAAAUCAACGCUAAUUGACGCGCUUGCGCACAGAAUAUAUGCUGUGAAGGGGACUAUGACAUUAAACGGCAAACCGUGUAGCGAGCGUCUCCUCCGCAACAUUUCGGCAUACGUCAUGCAGGAUGAUCUACUAUACCCGAUGCUCACAGUCAGAGAGACGCUCAUGUUCUCCGCAUUCUUUAGAUUACCAUCAUCGAUAUCAAAGGCGGCCAAAGUUGCAAGAGUGAGCAAUUUGUUGAAUCAGCUCGGUUUGCUGAGAGUUGCAAACACUAUCAUCGGAGACGAGGGUCGUCGGGGUGUUUCAGGCGGUGAGAGGCGCCGUGUUUCGAUUGGCAUUGACAUAGUCCACGAUCCACUCAUCCUCUUCUUGGAUGAGCCUACGUCGGGGUUGGAUUCUACGAGCGCUUACCUGGUGGUGCGCACUCUCCGAAAAAUUGCACAGACAGGAAGUUUGGUGGUGCUAUCUAUACACCAACCGAGCUACCGCAUUCUAGGUCUCUUCGACCGCAUGAUCAUCCUUGCCUUCGGCCAAAAAGUAUACGGCGGCACCCCCGCGCAACUCCACCUCUUCUUCGAGGAAUUCGGCAGCCCUGUUCCGAAAUAUGAGAACAGCACCGAACAUGCACUCGAUCUCAUACAAGAACUCCACGCAUCCCCAGAAGGGAUCAUGCAACUGGUGGAGUAUUGCAAGGCGUGGGAAGCGAAGUUCAGGCCCCCGAAGUCCAUGGCGGAGGAGUUCCCCGAUGCAGGUGCGGCGAUGUCGAGCGUCCCGUUAUACGAAAACCUUGUGGCUACACAGUCGUCAUCGGAGAAGUCGAAGAUCGAGAGCCUCGACUUCCUACACAAGACGAACGAAACGAGCGCGUUUGCGAAUCCAUUCUUCGACGAGAUCAUAGUUCUGGUGAAGCGAUCGUGGAAGAACAUCAAGCGGACGCCGGAGCUUUUCUGGAUGCGACUGGUGACGGUGAUGAUAACGGGCUUUGUCCUCGCCACCAUUUUCUGGCACCUCGAUCACACACCCAUGGGCGUCCAGGAGCGAUUCGGCUUCUUCGCGUUCGCGAUGUCAACAACAUUCUACACAUGCGCAGACGCACUACCCGUGUUCCUCCAAGAGCGCUACAUCUUCAUGAGAGAAACAGCGACGAACGCGUACCGCAAAUCGUCCUACGUGCUGGCGCACGCCAUCAUUUACAUCCCCUUCCUAGCCAUUCUCGCAAUCGGGUUCUGCGUGGUGGUGUGGUGGCCGGUGGGGCUGGCGGGCGGGGGCUCAGGCUUCUUCUACUUCUACCUCAUAGUGUGGGCCUCCUUCUGGGCAGGCAAUUCCUUCGUCACGCUGCUCUCGUCCGUCAUGCCCAACGUCAUGCUCGGCUACACCAUCUGUGUGGCGAUCCUGGCCUACUUCUUGCUGCUCAGCGGGUUCUUCAUCUCCCGGCUGCGCAUCCCCGUGUACUGGCGCUGGUUGCAUUACUUGUCCAUGAUUAAGUACCCAUACGAGGCGGUGCUCAUCAACGAGUUCGAGCAUUCGAAGGAAUGCUAUGAGUAUGGGCGCGAGAUGUUGCACGGGACGCCAUUGGCGAGCUUGAACAGCAGUGUGGUGGACAAUAUGCUGGUGUAUAUGCGCUCAUUGCCGGCGUUGCAGCAGUCGGCUUACGCGGACUUGAAUCCGGGGUCUUGUAUCCUUGCCGGGCGCGACAUUCUGGCGGCGAAGGACAUUCGGGCGCUGAGCAAGUGGCUGUUUUUGGGCGUCACCGUCGCCUUCGGCGUCUUCUUCCGUUGCCUCUUCUACGUUGUGGUGCGCACCCUCGCUCGCCACUCCCGCCCUUAGACUCCCGCCACCUUCCUUCCUUCCUUCCCGCCCUCGUGUCUAUCGUCCACCGUGGAUCUGUCUCUUUCUUUCUUAUCUUUGAGCCAUGUUUCCAUUUUGUUGGCCUUGCCGUGAUAUGCAUUCUUUUUUCACGAAAGGAAACAAGGCUAAAUUUAUAUACAUGGAGAGAGAGAGAUAUGCAUGUGGUGUGUGAUACCUUGUCAAUUUUUUUUGAUAAUACCUCAUGUAUUAGUUAAGGUUGACAUAUAGUAUUUUGAAUAAGACAAAUCAAUUAACUUCAAAUGAAAUAAAGCCAAUAUACAACACCAAAAUGCAUGACUUUA